AGAACAGGUUUCCGCAUCCAGUGUUCAUGGAGACGUUGUUGUACGGGGAUGUGUUAGAGCAGUGUAUUAGAAUACCGUUCACAGCAUGCGGUUAUGACACCAGAAGAUCGGUUGUGUAGGAGUGUGCGACUGGAGUCGUGUCAGCGACCGUCAGUGUGGAUGUGCGCUUUGGAUACCCGCAAAUAUAGCGUGAACACGAUGCGGCGGUGACACCCGCUUGUUUCUCUGUGUACGUCGGAGCGCCUAGGAUUAUCACAAAUCAUGAAGCUUCGGAGAUCCUUUAGCUGGAUAACACUGGCUCUAGUAGCCUUGUCGUUACCCAAAGUAUCCGAAGGUUUUGUGUCGUGUUCGCCGAACCCCUGCAAAAAUGGAGCUUCCUGCGUUUCGUCCAAUCCCAGCGGAGAAUCUCAUUGCAAUUGCCAACCGUUGUACGUGGGGGAAUACUGCCAACACAUGAACCCGUGCCACGCGGGACCGGGACCUCGCUGUCAAAACGGCGGCACCUGUAACGUCGAAAUGAGUGUGACGAGUGGACCCAAGUUCACGUGUAGCUGCCCCGUCGGGUUCACAGCUUCCAUGUGCGAGAUUGCCGUUGCCAGCGCUUGCGACGAACGACCGUGCGAGAACGGUGGGACCUGCUCCUUGGUCACGCUGGAGAACUACACUUGCUCUUGCGCUACGGGCUACAGAGGCAAGAAAUGCGAGCUGGUGGACCACUGUGCCUCCCAGCCGUGCCGCAACUAUGGCACGUGUCGAUCCAAUAAGUCCACGUAUGAGUGCCUCUGUCCUUCGGGAUUCAGCGGUCCUACAUGCUCGGUGGAUGUCGACGAGUGCCAGGCUAGUCCUUGUGAUCAUGGCCAAUGUCACAAUACAGUGGGUUCCUUCAGUUGCGUCUGUGACGUCGGCUACACGGGCCAGAAGUGCGAGUCUCGGUACAUCCCUUGUGAACCCAGCCCGUGCCAGAACGGAGGAACAUGCCGACCCGUAGACACGCUCAGCUAUCAGUGCCUAUGCGCUCCAGGAUUCACGGGCACGAACUGCGAAGUCAACGUGGACGACUGUCCGGGAAACCUGUGCCAGAACGGAGCGACGUGUCUUGACGGCGUCAACUCUUACACCUGCCACUGUCCGCCGCCUUACACGGGACCGUACUGCAGUCGGGACGUAGACGAGUGCGCUCUGCGCCCGAGCGUGUGCAAGAACGGCGCCACGUGCACCAACACCAUGGGCGGCUACUCUUGCAUCUGCGUCAACGGCUGGACGGGAGCGGACUGUUCGGAAAAUAUCGACGACUGCGCAGCGGCGGCGUGCUUCAACGGAGCCACCUGCCACGACAGGGUCGGAUCCUUUUACUGCCAAUGUGCCCCCGGAAAGACAGGCCUUCUGUGUCACCUGGACGACGCCUGUGCGAGCAACCCCUGUAACGCCGGAGCAAUCUGCGACACGAGUCCCAUAGACGGCACCUACUUGUGCUCCUGUCCCAACGGCUUCAAGGGUGUUGAUUGCACAGAAGACGUCGACGAGUGUGCCGAGGGCUACCCCUGCGAACACGGCGGGACCUGCGUCAACACGCCAGGUUCCUUCCGAUGCAACUGCACCCGUGGCUUCGCGGGGCCGCGGUGCGAGCUCAACAUCAACGAGUGCGAUUCCAGCCCUUGCCAGAAUGACGGGACGUGCCUGGACGAACGCGGAGGAUUCAGAUGUGUCUGCAUGCCAGGAUACUCUGGAGUCCACUGCGAGAUUGACAUAGACGAGUGCUCACCGAACCCCUGUUUCAACGGAGGCAUCUGCAACGACCGUAUCAACGGUUUCAAGUGCCUCUGUCCAACUGGCUUCACUGGCUCAAAGUGUGAGGUGAACGAAGAUGACUGUUCUUCCUUCCCCUGCCGCAAUGGUGGAUCCUGUUAUGAUGGCGUCGCCAGCUAUACUUGCCACUGUCCCGCAGGAUUCACGGGUACCAACUGCGAGUCAAACAUCAAUGAUUGCCAGUCAUCACCAUGCCACCACGGUGAUUGUGUCGAUGGGAUCAAUGCCUUUACGUGUGUCUGCCACCCUGGGUACACUGGAUUCCUCUGCCAGAGUCAAAUCAAUGAGUGUCUGAGCAAUCCGUGCCGGCACGGAGGUACCUGCGAGGACCUCGUUAAUGGGUACCAGUGCAGAUGUCGACAGGGAACCUCGGGCACUAACUGCGAGUACAAUGUCAACGAGUGCUUCUCCAACCCAUGCCGCAAUGGGGCUACCUGUGUUGACGGCAUCAACGCUUACGCCUGCCACUGCCAGCCUGGCUUCACUGGUACCCACUGCGAAACAAACAUCAACGAAUGUGCCAGCAACCCCUGUGCCAACGGAGGCAUCUGCACAGACCUAGUCAACGGGUUCAAGUGCGACUGCCCUAGGGGCUAUUACGACGCCCGUUGUCUUUCGGACGUCGACGAAUGCGCCAGCAACCCGUGCCUCCACGGGGGCACGUGCGAAGACGAAGUCAACCGCUACGUCUGCCACUGCCCCAAAGGGUACGGAGGACACCGUUGCGAGCAAGACGUAGACGAGUGCCAAUCCAAUCCGUGCCAACACGGUGGCAGCUGCCGCGAUGCCCUCAGCGCGUACUCCUGCAUGUGCAUUGACGGCUACACUGGCAAGAACUGCGAAACCAACAUCAACGACUGCGACCCCAACCCGUGCAUGAACGGAGGAAGCUGUAUCGACCUCGUCGGGGGCUUCCGUUGCGUCUGCGAGGUGCCGUUCACCGGCGCCACCUGCGACAUCGAGCUGGACCCCUGUUCUCCGAACAAGUGCCGCAACGGAGCGCAGUGCUCUCCGUCUUCGAACUACCUGGACUUUGCCUGUUCCUGCAAGCUGGGCUUCACGGGAAGGCUGUGCGACGAGGACAUCGACGAAUGCGCGGUGUCCUCGCCGUGUCGAAACGGAGCGUCCUGCGUGAACACCAACGGCUCGUACGAGUGCAGGUGUGCCCGUGGCUACGAGGGUAGGGACUGCCUCAUCAACACGGACGACUGUGCAUCAUAUCCGUGCCAGAAUGGAGGAACCUGCCUGGAUGGCAUCGGAGAAUACACCUGCCUCUGCGUGGACGGCUUCGGCGGAGAGCACUGUGCGGAAGACAUUGACGAGUGCGCGAGCAACCCCUGCCAAAAUGGCGCCACGUGUAACGACUACGUCAACAGUUACGCGUGUGCCUGUCCGCCCGGAUUUAGCGGUACCAACUGCCAGACCAACGACCAGGACUGUACUUCCAGCUCGUGCAUGAACGGCGGCACUUGCAUCGACGGAGUGAACAACUACACGUGCGAAUGCAGUCCCGGCUACACGGGCUCCAACUGCCAGUUUCACGUCAACGAAUGCGACUCGCAGCCGUGCUCUCACGGCGCCACCUGUGUCGACCACGUGGGUUACUUCACCUGCCAGUGUCCGUUGGGGUACACGGGGCCGCGAUGCGAGAAAUUUGUGGACUGGUGUAGCACUACUCCGUGCCAGAAUGGCGCCACCUGCAAGCAGUCGAACAACACGUAUCGCUGCACGUGCCCUCCAGGCUGGACCGGACUCCUCUGCGAUGUUUCGAUGGUGUCAUGCCAAGACGCGGCAUUGCAGAAAGGGAUUCAAGUGUCUGCACUCUGUCAUGGUGGCCAAUGCGAGGAAUCUGGCAACAGCCAUCGCUGCAUCUGCCCGGUUGGCUACGAAGGAAGCUACUGCCAACACGAGGUCAACGAGUGCCUGAGCCACCCGUGUCAAAAUGGCGCUACCUGUCGUGACCUCCUGGGCCAAUAUGCGUGCGACUGCCCCAAGGGCUUCCAGGGGCUGAACUGCGAAUUCAACAUCAACGACUGCGACCCCAGCCCCUGCCACCACGGCGGAACGUGCCACGACCUUGUGGACGGCUUCGUGUGCUCGUGUCCCUACGGCACCGUCGGCAUCCUCUGCGAGAUCAACGUCAACGAGUGCUUCGAGAGUGCGUGCCACCACGGCGGAACCUGCGUUGAUGGGAUCGGAGGCUUCCAGUGCAAGUGUCCUCCGGGAUUUGUCGGCCCACGGUGCGAGGGUGACGUCAACGAAUGCCUCUCGAGCCCCUGCGACCCCGAGGGAACGCUGGACUGCGUGCAGCUCGUCAACGACUUCCGCUGCGACUGUCGACCGGGACGUGCCGGCAGACAGUGCGAACUGAGGGUCGACCCGUGCGCGUCGGAUCCCUGCCUCAACGGUGCAGUGUGCAGCGCGGGGCCGCACGGACCGACGUGCAUCUGCACAGACAACUACUGGGGCCCCACGUGCGCAAAAGUUGCGUGCAGCGACGUCAACCCGUGCAGAAACGGGGGUCAGUGUCGCGGCCAGACGUGCAUCUGUCCUCGCGGGACAUCGGGACACUUUUGCGAGAAAUUGGACGCGGAGCUGAUGGAUUGCCGUGUGGACAAGUGCAGGAAUGGUGGCGCGUGUAGAGAGACGAGAGACGGAAGGUUCGAGUGCUCCUGCGCUCUCAACUGGAAGGGCCCACGUUGUGAUGAGUUUGAUGUUGGAAGGGGGGGAAGUGUGUAUGAUGUCGUGCUGAAGACGCUCGAAGAUGAAAAGAGACAGUGUUCGGCGAGGCGAUGCGACAAGAAGGCUGGCAAUCGUCACUGCGACGAAGAGUGCAACACGUACGCGUGCAACUUCGAUGGAGGCGAUUGUUCGUUGGGCAUCAAUCCGUGGAUAAACUGCACCGCAGCAAUAAAGUGCUGGGAAGUUUUCAGAGAUGGCGUCUGCAAUUCAGAGUGCAACAACAACGAGUGUCUGUUUGACGGAUUCGACUGCUUGAACGAUCUGCAGCCUUGCAACGAGCAUUACGACACCUACUGCAUGCGAAACUAUGGGAAUGGCUACUGCGACCACGGGUGCAACAACGAAGAGUGCAAUUGGGACGGCCUGGACUGCGAGGGUGAUACGCCUAGGAUGGCAGAAGGCUCCAUUGUAGUCAUGCUCGCAAUUGAACCGGAGGUGUUCCGUAACAACACUGUACCUUUCCUGAGAGACAUUGGUCAUGCUCUGCGUACCAACGUGUUCUUCAAGAAGGACAGCGGUGGGAACUACAUGAUCUAUCCUUGGCACGCUUCUGAAAACCAGCUGCCCAAUCAUUCUGUGCUUCCUGUGCCUCGCACAGGGACCUUGGUACACCUGGAAAUAGAUAACAGGCGCUGUCUGAAGUCGCUCGGAACUGAGUGCUUCCAGUCGGCUGCCAAAGCAGCAGAAUUUCUGGCCGCUGCACACUCCCGUCAUGCCCUGGAGACUCCGUUCCACAUCCAAGAAGUCAAGGGUGCAGGGGCAUCGGAACAGGGACCGGAGGGAGGAGCUGGACAAGCAGGGGCCCUUCAUGUAGUCAUCGGACUAAUUGGGGUUCUUCUGGCUGGACUUCUCAUUGGGGUGCUCAUCACAACUCACAAGAAGAGGGCGCGUGGCAUUACAUGGUUCCCCGAAGGGUUCCUACGCACUGGUAGCGGACAGCGGCGACGCUCCAGAAGACGGGGACCAGACGGACAAGAGAUGAGAGUUGCCAACGGAAACGAAUGUCCGGGAGAGGCUUGGAGCGAUGACGAAGGCGAUCGCAGGCCAGCAAAGCGACCCCGAGGGUCACCCGACUCGAGCUGCGGCGAAACUAUAAUCUCGGACUGCGACGACGAACGCGACCCACGACCCUGGACGCAGCAACACUUGGAUGCAGCAGAUGUUCGCAACCCUGAUGCUCUCCUCGCUCUUACACCACCACAGGGCAUUGAUCUGGACCACCAUAACGUUGACGUGAGAGGUCCAGGUGGGCUGACACCGCUGAUGUUGGCGUCGUUCCGUGGAGGAGGACUCGACACUGGUGAAGAUGGUGAAGAAGAAGAUGGAUCAGCCAGCAUGAUCCAAGACCUGCUGAUGCAAGGGGCUCAACUGGCGAGCACGACGGAAAAGACUGGAGAGACGCCGCUUCAUCUUGCCGCGAGAUAUGCACGCUCGGACGCUGCCAAGCGUCUUCUCGAUGGUGGUGCCGAUGCCAAUGCUCAGGACAGCUCUGGGAGGACACCCUUGCAUGCUGCUGUUGCCGCUGAUGCUGUUGGGGUAUUCCAGAUUCUGCUUCGCAACCGUGCCACCAACCUCAACGCCAAGAUGCACAACGGCAUGACUCCACUCAUCCUGGCGAUCCGUCUCGCCAUGGAGGGAAUGGCGGAGGACCUCGUGAACGCGGAGGCCGACAUCAACGCCACGGACGCCGACGCACGGACACCCCUCCAUUGGGCAGCCGCCGUCAACGACGUCACAUCGGUGCGCCUUCUGCUUGCCCACGGUGCGAACCGCGACGCACAGGAUGUGCACGAAGAAACGCCUCUCUUCCUGGCCGCACGCGAAGGAAGCCUCGCUGCGGUGAGCACGCUACUCGAGCACGGCGCAAACCGCGACAUCACGAACCACAUGGACCGCCGGCCGCGUGACGUCGCUGGAGACCGCAUGCACAUGGACAUAGUGGAACUGCUGGACAAGUACGCUCCGUCAGCGUCGGCACUGUCCAGUCCGCCCGCCCUCUUGUCAAACCCCACGAUCAUCGGUUCGUCGAAACCAAAGGCGAAGCGGAGGCAACCGGGUGUGCCAAAGCAGCAACCUCCAGCCAUACAGCUUCAGCAGUUGGACCCCUCAACCAUAACGGACGGGGUCGCGAAACGGCGCACGGCGUCGUUCAAGAAGCGACGGGAGCCCCCGCUGCCCGAGCAGACGACCGCGGCUCUGGAAGCGCAGCAGGAGGGACUCUACGGCGGCCUCCCGGUGUCGCAGGGCAUGGCGACGAUAACGAAGCAGCCCCCCUGCUACGAGGAGUGCGUCGGCCCCAUCUACGCCAACACGUACGACCCCCAGCAGGCGUAUGCCCGGCAGGGCUACACGUCGCCCGUGAAGCAGCGGCCGUCUCUGCCGACGUCGCCGACCCACAUGGCUGCCAUGCGCGCCGCGCACCAGCACAAGAUGCACCAGGGGGCGAGCACGUACGACUACCCCGUGCAGCCCGCGUACUACCACUACCCGACCCCACCCUCGCAGCACAGUCACGAAGCGACUCCGCAGCACUACAUGCAGCAGCAACACCCCACUGAAACAUACCUCACUCCAUCACCAGAGUCGCCUGGACAGUGGUCUAGCUCAUCACCACACUCCGCCCAGUCCGACUGGUCGGAGGGCAUCUCGAGUCCCAUGGGGCCGCCGCUGGCUCAAGUGACGGGACAGUCUGAGAAGCAGCAGUCGGGACUUACGCAUCCAGACCCUGUUUUUAUUUGAGUUUGUGGUGCCAAACUUUCUUCUCAAGAAGUGUACAUUGUGAGUGGUGGCCACUAUGUGGCAGAUUAAGGACAAUCGUGCAGGACACAGUGCGACGAUCUACCAGCGAGUCGUCACCGCUAAAGUAAGGGACUCCACGAGUGUAAAUGAACGGACAAUCCUUGCUCUUACUGAGCGUUCGUCGCGAGCGUUUCGCCCUGAAAUGCAAUCUUACUCACGCUGGUUCUUGCCAUAUGCGCAUGUGCAUUAUUUAUGAAGAAAUGGCGCUGGCAGAUUUUCUUAUUUUCGCUCCCAUGCAAUCUACACAGCGUUGCAAUCUCAGAGUUUACUUUUGGAAACGCAGCUGUUUGCAUACCGGUAUAGAGUGCUCACUGUAAUCGGGGCAGAUUUCAUUUCUAUCGUGUUGCUCUAGUUGUACAUUGUGAGAGAUGCUUUUAUACGACAAUUUUUAUCACCCUUCAGGGUGCUUUACCAGGUUGUGUAGAUUUUUAAAGUGCAGCACUACCUUGGAGAGCAUCAAUACUCUUUACCUAAAAACUGCUACGACAGGGUGAUUUAUGCGAGACGUGCUGGUAGGAACAGCCAAAUUAUGGCCGCCGAGGCGAGACACUCACAUUUACACUCUUUUAUAUGUGCAGACUAUUUUCAAAUUCUUGCCAGCUCCCAUCUUGCGUCAAUCACCCUGCACAUUGUGGUUUUACCUUGUUAAUACUUGUAUAUAUAUAAUUCUACAAUGCUUCAUUUUUAAGACACGUGACAGUAAUAGAUCGACUAACGUGAUUGGCUUAAUACGUAUCUACAGUUUUUACUCUCUUGUCACUUCGGAACUGGAAGUAUAAAUCAUGCCUGCCACUUCGCAAGAGAGGGUCGAGUUUUGAGCACUCGUAAACGUUUUAUGACUCGUACUACUUCUGCGAUGGCAUCACCAUUUUUACUCAGACACCCUAAACUUGUGCCUUAUGGCUUGAAUGGCAUUCCGUGAUGAAUGGCUGCCUCUUGAAAUGCUCUCUGACGCCACAUCGCUCACCAGUCACCCGUCAUGUUUGACCUCAUUUACCUCCCACGUUAACUCUCGCAUUUCUGCAGCAUUAGUAUUUAUUUCUUUAUGGGGCCAAAACACUUUCCUCAUUGUGCUGUACAAUCAGUAUUUAAGAGGCGAUCUCGAGAGAAGGUACACGACGACUUUGUAAAGGUAACAAACAGUGACAUGGUAGCCGAAGCCAAUCAUUUACACCAAAACUGCAUUCUGUACAUAUACCUAGGCAGUUCUUUAAUAGUCUGUGUUACUACUAGAAUCUAUACAAGUGUGUGUAUGUGUGAAUGCAACGUGUGAACAGAAGUGUGCGUAAGUGGAACAUGUACAAAAAAUGAUAUCUUUUAAAUAGCGCGAGUGUGCCUCAAUUUUUCCUGCAGUUUCAAGAAUCAUGCUGUACAUUAAUUUGGCAUUGUAGCACGACAAAGACGCUCAUCUCGGUUUACGGAGAACAAUAAAGACACUUUUCCCAUGAAAA